ACCGUCCUUCCACGGCCCCACAAACCCCCAAAAUUUCAAAACCCCGCACCCGAUAGCGGCUUCUCCAUCCCUCCCCGAUUCGAUCCAUCCUGACGCUGCCGACGCGCGCCGAGCCCUAGAACCCAGCCAUGCGACGGGACGAUGCCGGCGGCGGCACCGGGUUCCACGAGCUGUUCGACUCCGUGCGCCGGUCCAUCUCCUUCCGCACCGCCGCCGCGGCGGAACCUCCCGCGGGCGCCUUCGGCGCGGGGGCCGGCGGCGGGAUCGGCGUGCGGAUCAGCUCCUGCCUCCGGAAGUCGCGGGGGAUGGGGCUGCUUGGGAUCAUCUCCAAGAGCCCCUCGCCACCGCGCCGCCUGCUGCCGCCGACACCGGACGAGUCGAGCGGCAGCGGAGGAGGAGAGGAGAACCCGCCGAUUCGGUGGCGGAAGGGGGAGCUAAUCGGGUGCGGCGCGUUCGGGCAGGUUUACCUCGGGAUGAACCUGGACUCCGGCGAGCUCCUCGCCGUCAAGCAGGUUUUGAUCGGGAGUAGCAACGCGACGAGGGAGAAGGCCCAAGCACAUAUUAAAGAGCUCGAAGAAGAAGUGAAGCUGCUCAAGAACUUGUCGCACCUCAACAUUGUUAGGUAUCUUGGGACUGUUCGAGAGGAAGACACACUAAAUAUUUUGCUGGAAUUUGUCCCUGGAGGGUCCAUACAGUCACUUUUGGGAAAGCUCGGCUCAUUCCCAGAGCCAGUCAUUAGGAAAUACACUAAGCAAAUUCUGCAAGGAUUGGAAUAUCUGCAUAGCAAUGCAAUAAUACAUAGAGACAUAAAGGGUGCAAACAUUCUUGUCGAUAACAAAGGAUGCAUCAAACUUGCCGAUUUUGGGGCAUCUAAGCAAGUGGCAAAAUUGGCUACUGUGACAGCCGCUAAAACGAUGAAAGGAACACCAUAUUGGAUGGCACCUGAAGUCAUUGUUGGGAGUGGGCAUAGCUUCUCUGCGGAUAUAUGGAGUGUCGGCUGCACAGUCAUUGAAAUGGCAACCGGUAAACCACCAUGGAGUCAGCAGUAUCAAGAGGUUGCUCUUCUAUUUCAUGUUGGAACCACAAAGUCACACCCACCUAUACCUGAACAUCUCUCGCCAGAGGCCAAAGAUUUUCUGCUGAAAUGCCUGCAGAAGGAGCCAGAGCUGAGGUCUACUGCAUCAGGUUUAUUAAAGCACCCAUUUGUUACAGGAGAAUUGUACAACCUGCAGCCACUCAAUCGCGCUGCACACAAGGAAACUUCUGUUAAUGAGAUUCCUGCAAAUGAUGUGCCAAAUGGCUUGGGUUUGAAUCAUUCUUCGAACCGGUCGACCAUUAACUCCAACAGAUCGUCAAAAAUCAAGCCCUUAUGGGAGGGUAGCUGUGAUGAUGACAUGUGUGAGUUUACUGACAAGGAUGACUACCCAGCAGUUGGAUCUAGCUAUAAUCCUAUGUCCGAACCAUUUGAUAACUGGGAAAGCAAGUUUGACAUGAGCACAGAGCAAAGUUCUCACAAAUCAACGGAAUUUGGUGGAUUAGCGAAUCAUGCUGAAAGCUGCAUAACUGAAAAUGACUAUACUUUCCCUUGCGAGGGAAGUUGUGAAGAUGGCGAUGUACUUACAGAGUCAAAAAUAAAGGCAUUUCUUGACGAGAAGGCCCUUGACCUGAAAAAGCUACAGACACCUUUAUAUGAGGAGUUCUACAACACAGUGAAUGCAGGGUGUUCUCAGGGAGCUGAUAAAAUUUCCAAGGGAAAAUUCACAAAUAGUCCAAAAUUGCCCCCUCGAGGAAAGUCACCUCCAAGUAAGAUGAGAGGAGGUGCAUCGCCAACAUGUGAUAAUUUGAAUAAUACAAGUCCCGAAAGCUGCAGCAAGCAAUUCCCAAGAAGCAGUGUGAAGAGCAGCCGAAUUUUGAGGGAAAUAGCUUCUCCUCAACUCAAUGAAUUUGGGGAUAAAAUACAUCUUGAUGUCCCAGAUAGCCCAAGCAGCAGCUUCGCCGAGAGGCAGAAGAAGUGGAAAGAAGAGUUGGACCAGGAGCUUGAGAGGGAAAGAGUGAUGAGAUUAGCUGGCUGUGGUAAAACACCAUCUCCAAAUAGAGGCCCCAAUGCGAAACGAGAGCGGCAUCCUGCCAAUUGAACAGACAACAGGACUCCUUGUUUCUUUAUUUCAUCCCACAGAACAACCUAUGGUAACUAUAUAAUGUCAGGGAUUGGUGGAAGUGACAGUAUAGUCUGCACUGCCUUAUCAAUGGCAGUAUGCGGUGAGCUAUGGCUGCAGAAUCAUCUUGGUACAAGUAGAUCUACUUUGAAGUGGAUUGGUACAGACUACAGACGCUGUCAUCACGACUCAUGAUCAGGAUUAUUGUUGCCACUGCCUGGAGAACGUUGUGCUGACAAUUUUCUGAUUUGAAGGCUGCAUUUUCCAUUCUGUUCAGUGCCAAGCGCUUUGGCGCUUGAUUUAUAUCGAGAAUAUGUUGUACAAAUUUUGGGUUUGUAAGCAAUAUGAGUUUGGUGGUCUUGGUUUUGUAUGGUGCUUGUUUUUGAAAGCGUGUAAUAAGCCAAGGAAUGCAAAUUAUGGAAAAUUCUGUUUGCCGAGUGAAUCUGAGCUUUUCAGGCA